GUGAUCGUUUUUUUCAGAAACUUUUGUCAAGUAAUGCAAAGUCUGCUCGAUUUUGGGCCAGUUUUGUUUGCGAGAUCUUCUAAAUUUUGUGUUUGGAUUGGUUCAAAGCUUUUUUCUUCUUCACAUUGUUAUUAUGGUGGCACCUCUCCCCGUCAAACUCCAAGGGAAACAGUACAAUGGAUGGCAGAACAUGCACCUGUGUUCCCGGUGAAUGGGAAAGAUAUUACAGUUUUAAACGAACCUGAGCAGUUUUUUGCAACUCUCAAGGUAUAACCAAAUCGGAUAUCAUUUAUCAAUAUUAUGUAUGCACGUAGUACAGGGUUCAAGCUUGUGUUGACGUUUUCUUUUCUUAUAGAUAAGCUAACUGUUACGUCUUCUUUAAUGAUAUUUUUUCUUUUCAAGGAUAAUGUCAGCAAAGCAAAUCGCCGGAUUAUUUUGGCUUCACUGUACUUAGGGACAGGAGAAAAAGAGCAACAACUAGUAGGUGAUUUUAUAAUUCAAAUUAAUUGACAGCAUUUUCAGUAUGCUAGUACAAGCUAGUCAGCUGGCUCUCAGAUCCCAGAACCCGUGGCCGGCUAGGGUCAUCUCUCCCAGCUGUUAGUGCCUGUGAGAACCUGCUGGCUUGUUACUGGACUUCAGAAGCUUCAUCCAAGCCACUUUUGCUUAGAUUACUUUGAACAAUACUAUUUUUAUUGUGCAAUAUAUUGUAAUGGUUUUUAUCCCAGGCAAUCUUUAAUACAUAAGAUUUCCCUUUUCCAUCAUACCUGGAUAUUUAUAAGUCUUUUGAAUGCAGGAGUAACAUAUGACCAUGAAGUCUGGUGAUUGGAGUGAGAGCGGUCUGGAGAAGAACUGUUAUCAGGAGAAGAGAGUCAACAAUAUUAUCAUUAUUCUGAUUAAGACUUCACCUUGGUUGAUGAAAUGCCAGUCACGACAACAGACAUCAGCCCUUCUCAGACCAACUCUCACAAUGAUAAUCAGACUAAAAGUUCAAAUACCUGGAUUUCUUAAAGAAUCAAGCAAUUAAUAAAAAUUACAGUUUCAGAAUACUGCGUAAGGCUUUGAGGAUUUUCUUAGGAUUACAAAAAUUGGACAUUAGUGAACAUAUGUAUGAAAAAACAGUGAUAAGUGAAACAUAUCAACAAGCACCAACUACCAAAUACUUGUCUCUAGGUUGAUUGUAUCUAUAAUGCUGUGAAGAGAUCUACCUCUUUGGAUAAGUCUCUAGACGUGGAGAUACUUUUGGAGCACACCCGAGGAUCCAGAGGAGAGCAAAACUCUAGAACCAUGCUCCUACCACUGAUACAGAGCUUCAGUCCUGCCAUCAAGGUGUCCCUGUAUCAUUCACCCAGCCUCAGAGGCCUGCUAAAGCUGCUUCUUCCUGAGAGGUUUAAUGAGACAGUGGCCCUGACACAUCUUAAGGUGUAUCUUACUGAUGACACUUUGAUUAUGAGUGGGUAAGUACUGGUAUUAAAACAAGACUGAGAUGCAGAUAAGUUAACCCUUAAACUCCCAUCAGUGACCAAGACAGAAUUUCUCCUUACAAUAUCAAUACAAUAUCAAGUAUGCAAGUAUGCAAGAAUAAUGACAAAUGUGUAGUAGGGGAUUAUUAGUUGAUUCAAUACCAAAUUCUCCAAACUAAAAUCAUAACAAUUGUAUAGCAGACAGCAAGGAGAAAUACUGAUAAGAUCUGAGGGUGAAAGGGUUAAAGAUGAAACAUGUACAUGAGAGAAGCAGUCAGUCAUUCAUUAAGUCAAUGUUAUUAGUUUAUCAGAUUGUCAAUUUAAAUUCAAUCUGCCAGUAAUUCUCUCUCUCCAUCUCUUAGUACGUGCUUAUAUCUUCCCUAGAGCUAACCUGAGUGCAGACUAUUUCACCAACCGUCAGGACCGCUACAUCGUGAUCAAGAAUUGUCCUCAGUUGGCAAACUUUUUUCAUAGCCUUGUUUCAACUGUUCGAGCUUUCUCACUUCAACUUCAACCAGAUAACACCACAAAAAUGGGAGAAAACUUUCCUCUUCAUCCAACUAAAGGAUUUGAUGGUGGAAAUAAAUUCAAGGCUGAAGCAGGGAGGAGGGUGUCUGAGUUCUUGCAGAACCAAAAAGAAAAGAACAAUUGCAGUGAUUUAUUGAGGACACCAGACCAGGUUUGUGAUACCUGGGUUGUUCCUUUGGUCCAAAUGUUUCCGUUUGGCAUUCGUCAGGAUGAGGUUGUCACCAGCAAGUUACUGAGUCAUGCACCUCAAGCUAGCAAGCUAUUCUUAGCAUCAGGGUAUUUUAAUUUAACAAGAAAGUACAGGAAUAUUAUUUUGAAGUCACCUGCCAAAUGUGAAAUACUGACAGCGCACCCAACUGUGAAUGGUUUCUACCAAGCUAAAGGAGUGGCUGGUAGGUAUAGUAGGUAUAGGUUAAAUAGUCCCACACUAAAAGAUUAUAACUUAACUGCACAGAUUCUGUGUACAAGUAACAGUGUAGCAAUGGUAACAGGACUGAUUGGAGUCCAAUGCUGCCUCUAAUCAAAACUAUAUUGAAAUUCUGGAACAUGAUUGGUUAUCAUCAGUCCGAUUUAAGCAUUAAUAGGACAGGGUUUGCAUCGUGCUGUUGUUGCACCUUUCACCUAGUUAACUGUAAGUUGCUUUUUUAUGAAAAUGUCAAGUUUAUUUCUCAAAUUUGUCAUAGUUUGAUUAAUUGGUAACAUGACGUCAUGUCAUCCAAUUUUGUCUGUAAUCAUACUGAUGAUCAACAAAUUGUACUCCCACUUUGUAGAAGUCUGAUUUUGUGACCUGGUUUAAGGAAUUAAUUCAAUUCUUAGAGUUCAGUUUAAAGACAGAUUUGUGUGUGCUCAUUAACUUGCCAAGUUAGAUAAAGUAAGAUGGACAAAAUGGAAAAACAGGUAAAUUCAAACCUGAGUAGCUCAAAUUGAUAAACAUCUAAUUUGUUUAUGGUGUUUCUAUACUUACAGAAUAUACUAUUACCUUCUUAUUAUUAUUAUUUUUUUUUUGGUGUGAUCUGAAAAUUACGAAAAACAAUUCCAAAUGACAUGUAAAAAUUGUAUACAGUCAAAACUGUAUCAAGCUGUCACCCAUGGGGAAUGGCAGGAUGAUAAUAAAGAAUGAUAAAUAAUGCUAUUUAAUGCCAUCAUCAUAAAAACUUGCUAAAAAAAAACUAUCAUUAAUUUCAGAAGAGAAAUGUGUAUAAAAUUUUACAUGAAAGAUUAUUCUUAGUUUUAUCUGAGUGGUUCUGCUCUAAGUGAUUGUUCAAUACAGAUGCAAGACAAUUCAACAGGCCAUUGGCAUCACUCAGAGGCAACCAUGACUGCCUAUUAAAGGUCUCAGCUAAAUAGGCUUGAAAAUUGCAGUGAUUAAGGGAAGACAAAUUCGAACUUUCACAACCAACCACUUAAUAUGGGGCAGCUUAGUAGAGGUUCGACUGUUUAAGGUUUCAAAAAACCUAAAAUUGCAUGCAGUCAGUGUGCUAACAGUCAACUUCCUUAUCUUUCAGGUGGUAUUCCUCAUGCUUACUCCCUCUUAGCACGAGAUUUUUACAAGCAAAUUUUGGAACACAAGCAAGCUGAUAACAUCUUGGUACAAGAGUAUAUACGUCACAAGUGGACAUUUCACGUGAAAGGACUGUGGUACUACCCUCCAAAUGAGCCUCUGCCUAGCUUAACCUUGAUUGGUUCCCCAAAUUUUGGACAUCGUUCAGUUUAUCGAGAUUUAGAGGCUCAGGUUGCCAUAGUUACAACUGACCAAGAUUUAAGUGAAGCACUUCACAAGGAGAAGACUCACCUUUACAGCAGAGUGCAGCAGGUCACCUGUGAGACAUUUGAACAAUCUGAACGUAAAAUACCAGUGUGGGUAUACUGUGUGACAAGAUUGAUAAAGAAUCUUCUUUAACACUUGUCUCUUUAUUUUGGUUUGCACACAACAAAUCCAAUCUUUAUAAAUGAUAAAGGACUCAGCAUGUAGUCAUGAAUGAAUAUAAACUUAGAGUGCUAGGCAUAAAAAAAUUGAAAGAACUUCUUUUAGUACUCUGCAAACCUUGAAAUAUCAUUUGUUGGGUAAGUAAGAAACCUAUUUUUGGGUUUGCAGACAUUAAGUUGGUGUUAUCAAUGAAUGAAGGAGUUUGGUUUGAUGUUGUUUCAAGGUUUCAGAGUUGUAAACAGUGGGAAUGCAGCUACGACUGGUCAGGCAUGUAAGAAAUUACCCUAGAUUCAGCUGUUUUUGCAGUCUUGGUGUAGUAACUUACCUGUUAUUAUAAUUCAGACUCAAAUAACAUUGAAUGACAGAAGCCAACCUUGGAAAUUUAAUAAUUCUACAAAGUUUAUUAAUACUUGUGGGAGAUCCAACAGUGUCAUAAUUACUGGAAAGAUUGCACAUAAAGUACUCUGAUUCCAGUAAGAUGCUUAAACCUCA